AUGUCCUUUGAAAUAAAUUGGGACCAAUUGGUUGGUGAUGGGACCAUCAAUGAGUCAAUCAAAGAAUUUUUAGACUCACAAUUCCGAGGACUACUGCUUCCUUCCUAUAUUAAUGAUCUAUCAGUGAAGGACUUUAGCCUUGGAUCGGUUCCUCCUGAAAUCACCAUUAGACACAUCGGGGACCCCUUUGAUGAGUUUUACCGGGAAGAAGACGAAAUGGAUGGUGAUGCAGCUGCUCAAGCGGCACAAUCUGCCCAGUUGGAUGCCUUGAUCAAUGACGAUGAUUCCACCGAUGAUGAAGAUGAGAAGGAUAUGGAUAUGACCACCAGCAUAGAAGUGGAUUCAACAGUAGUGGGUCCAGGCAUAGAGAGACCCAUGACGACCCCAGAUAGACCGUCGGGGCUCUCUUCAAGAAAUUCAUCGAUCCCCUUCCUAAACCUCUCACAUAAUUACUCUAUGAAUAAUGUUGGACUUCAUUCAUCUCAUGCUCCAACGAACGCGACUCCAGGUAAUCCAAAUCACCCCAAUCCGGGCUCUUAUGCCAUGGGAGCUGCUGGGAUCCACCGUUCGGACUCUCCAUUGUAUGGACAUCCAUACUCGACUCUUCGCAAUCUCCCAUCUAACCCCAUGAUCCCCACAAUACUUCGAGCAAGGGAAUCUCCACCUGUAGUUAAAUCAGACACAGAUAUACAAUUGAUUGCAGAGAUCAAGUAUCAAGGUGAUCUACACAUUGAGAUAGCGGUAAAUCUCUUGGUCAAUUACCCUUCACCCAACUUUAUAACACUCCCAAUCAAACUUCAUAUAACAGACUUACAUAUCCAUUCGAUAGUGACAAUUGCGUACUUGAAACGCGCUGUAUACAUGUCAUUCCUUUGUGACAUCGAUGACACUACCGAGGGGUUCUCCACGAAUGCAUUCGGCACUAAUGGGGGUAAUAUUGUUGAUUAUGCGGCGUAUUCCGGCUCUCAGCUGGAACGUAUUGAUAUCAUCAAACGAGUCCGGAUUGAAUCUGAGAUAGGUGAGGUUGAACAAAACGUACUUCGUAAUGUUGGUAAAGUGGAGAAGUUCCUUGUAGAACAAUUACGUGGGAUUUUACGUGAUGAAGUUUCAUGGCCCAGUUGGAUAUGUUUAGACAUGGACCAAACUGAAGGUGUUGGUGAUGAAGAUGAAGAAGAGGAUGAUGAGGGUGAGAGUUUGUAA